CUUUCUUUAUUUUUAGAGAGAGAAAUAGAGUGGCUUAGAGAGAGAAAAACCCCCUCCCAAAUUGCAACUCCACUGCAAUAGUAAAGCGUUGGCGUAUUUUUGUCGCAGAGAGAUGAGCUGAGUUGAGCAGAAGGGCUUCUUGUUUCCUUUCAAUUUUGAUCUGCUCUGAUCUCUCUCUAGAUCACAUUUUUUCCCUGCUUCACUCUCUCUCUACAACACUCUGGUUCAGUUUGUAAUCCGGUGACGGCCAUUGGAUCUCUGAAGUGUGAUUAGUAUGUGAAUACAGAGACUAAGCAAAAAUAUGUUCACUGAAGGACUUGACAGUGAUGCCCUUCGAUGGGUCAAUGAGGGUUCUGUCAAUCGAAGGACGGAUAUUCCUAACUCAAUGUCAAACCUAACACCUCGAAUUGAUCCCAUUUCCAACAUCCGGAGCGGCCAUGGUGGUCGGGGCUUCGGCCUGCCUCCGCCGUCGAAAUUACGGAGUGGGCAUUUGUCAGGGGUAAUUCCAGUCUCAAGAGCCAUGCGUGGUGAUGUGGAUGAUAGUGAGUCUGCGUCUGGGAACGAUCUGACCGCUGAUUCGGAGGAGGAGGUUUACAAGGGAAGAUACUCACUAGAUUCGUCACCACAUGAUGACAGAGUUCCUAGUAGUGCUGCUGCUCGAAGAUACUACAGUCCUGCGCAGAGGCCACAGCAGAAUGUCAGUGAUUCUAUGUACUAUGACCGUGUUAGUUCAUCAAGGGAAACACUUGGGAGAGGGCAUUGGAAUGUGGCAGAAGGACAGAUGAGGGGAGCCAAUGGGUAUCCAAUUGGACGGAAUGAUUUUACUGAGGAUGAGUCAUCGGAUUCUGCCAUGAGCUCCGAAUUUUCAACCACGCAACUGCAGAGCAACAAUAGAGGCGUGCCUCGUACAAGAGCAUAUGUUUCCAAGGGGCAUGAGUCGAGUUUUGUUUCGGGGAUGAGUGCAGAAACUGCUCCAAAUGAGGACUUUUGUGCUAGAAACCUGCAGAGUGAUUUUGAUAUUGCGAGUGCUCCCUUUUGUGGUUCUGCUGGGGAAAUCAAGCAAGAGACUGAAGAAAUUACAACGUUUAGAGCACAUCACACACCUUGUGUGGUAGGUUUACAUGAUUUUUCGGUUAGAAAUGAGCCAAAUACUUCAGAAAGUGCAGCAACUAGGGUUAAUCCAAAGGAUAAUACUGGACAGAAGAUAUCUAACCAGUCUGCAAGGACUGAGGCUGGUGUAGAAAGCACUGUCCCUUCAGGUUCAUUUCCAGCUCGCCUCCCCACAUUUCGUGCUAGUUCCCAAGGGCCGUGGCACGCUGUGAUUGCAUAUGACGCAUGUGUUCGGCUUUGCCUUCAUGCUUGGGCGAAGCAAUGCAUGGAAGCGCCCAUGUUUUUAGAAAAUGAAUGUGCUUUGUUGCGAAAUGCAUUUGGUUUGCAACAAGUGCUACUACAAUCCGAGGAGGAGUUAUUGGAAAAGCGCUAUUCUAAGCCUGCUAAUGAGGGAUCUGCCCCUAAACCUAAGAAAAUGGUGGGAAAGAUGAAGGUGCAAGUUCGUAAGGUGAAAAUGGCUCUUGACCCGCCUACAGGCUGCAGUUUUUCAUCCAUUGAAACACCAAAGAUUAAACUGGAUUCUGUCCGAAGUCAGUUUUCCAGUUUACAAUCAACACUCUCAUCUGCAUGGCAAGCAGUGAGGCAAAUCCGUUUUGUACCUCGUUUACCUGCAAAUGGCUCUUUUUCACGGAAGAGCCUGGCAUACAUGCAGGCUAGUGCUCAAUAUCUAAAACAGGUCUCUGGACUCCUGAAAGUUGGCGUAACAACCUCACGCAGCAGUUCAUCAUCUUAUGAAGUGCAAGAAACAUACUGUUGUUUGCUAUGGUUGAAAAGCUCAACCGAAGGGGAUACUAUUCAAAUGCAACCUGGAUCUGGUGAAACCCAUGUAUUCUUUCCGGAUAGCCUAGGAGAUGAUCUAAUUGUUGAAGUCCAGGACUCCAAGGGGAAGCAAUAUGGUCGUGUGCUUGCUCAAGUGGCUACUAUUGCCGAAGAUCCAGGUGACAAACUACGCUGGUGGUCUAUUUAUCAUGAACCAGAGCAUGAGGUUGUUGGCAAACUACAGCUCUGCAUAAACUAUUCAACAAGUUCAGAUGAGAACAAUAAUCUGAAGUGUGGUUCUGUUGCAGAAACCGUGGCUUACGACCUGGUUUUGGAAGUGGUGUUGAAAAUUCAACACUUUCAACCAAGAAAUUUAUUGCUCCAUGGGCCGUGGAAGUGGCUUCUGCAGGAAUUUGCAUCAUAUUAUGGGGUCUCUGACAUAUACACUAAGCUAAGGUAUCUUUCUUAUAUCAUGGAUGUGGCCACGCCCACAGCUGACUGUCUCACUCUGGUAUAUGAUCUGUUAUUGCCUGUGGUUAUGAAGGGACACAGUAAGAGCACCCUGAGUCAUCAAGAGAAUCGCAUGCUAGGAGAAAUUGAGAAUCAAAUUGAACAGAUUCUUGCACUUGUCUUCGAGAACUAUAAAUCAUUGGAUGAGUCAGCACCAUCUGGGAUUAUGGAUGUUUUUAAACCAGCAACCGGGCUUGCAGCACCUGGUUUGGAGCCUGCUGUAAAACUAUACAUCCUUCUUCAUGAUAUAUUAUCUCCUGAGGCACAGAAUAAACUGUAUAGCUAUUUCCAGGCUGCUGCCAAAAAGAGAUCAAGAAGGCACUUAACUGAGACUGAUGAGUUUGUUGCUGGAAAUAAUGAAGGCAUUUUGAUGGAUGCUGUUACUGUUUCCACUGCUUACAAGAAGAUGAAAUCCCUUUGUUUGAAAAUUAGAAAUGAAAUUUUCACUGAUAUUGAGAUCAAUAAUCAACACACUCUUCCCAGUUUUAUAGACCUCCCAAGUCUUUCUGCAUCAAUAUACAGCGCAGAACUUUGCAGUAGAUUGCGUGCAUUCCUUAUUGCAUAUCCUCCAACAGGUCCAUCACCUCAUGUAGCAGAACUUGUCAUUGCGACUGCAGAUUUUCAAAGAGAUCUUGCCAGCUGGAACAUAACUCCUGUCAAAGGUGGACUUGACGCAAAAGAAUUAUUCCAUCUGUAUAUUAUCCUAUGGAUUCAAGAUAAGCGCCUUGCUUUGCUCGAGUCAUGCAAAUUAGAUAAGGUUAAAUGGUCAGGUGUCAGGACACAGCACUCCACAACCCCUUUCGUCGAUGAUAUGUAUGACCGCUUGAAAGAAACUUUGAAUGAUUAUGAAGUCAUCAUUUGUCGUUGGCCGGAAUACACUUUUGUUUUGGAAAAUGCCAUCGCUGACAUAGAAAAGGCAAUUGUGGAGGCGUUGGAUAAGCAAUAUGCUGAUGUGUUGUCACCACUAAAGGGAAACACUGCACCGAAGAAAUUUGGACUCAAAUAUGUCCAGAAUCUGGCAAAACGAUCCAUUUGCCCCUACGUGGUUCCCAAUGAGCUGGGAAUUCUUUUGAAUUCUAUGAAGAGGAUGCUUGAUGUCCUGCGCCCCAAGAUAGAACGUCAGUUGAAGUCAUGGGGUUCCUGCAUUCCUGUUGGGGGAAACACGGCCCCUGGAGAGAGUCUCAGUGAAGUAACGGUGAUGUUAAGAACCAAAUUUAGAAAUUACUUGCAAGCAGUUGUGGAAAAGCUUGCAGAAAAUACAAGGUUAGAGAGUGCUACAAAACUUAAAAAGAUUCUCCAGGAUUCGAAAGAAAGUGUGGUUGAAUCAGACAUAAGGAGUAGAAUGCAACCACUAAAAGACCAGCUGAAAGAUACAAUGAACCACCUCCACACUGUGUUUGAGACCCAUGUCUUCAUUGGAAUCUGUCGGGGUUACUGGGAUCGUAUGGGACAGGAUGUUCUGAGCUUCUUGGAGAACAGGAAAGAAAACAGGUCAUGGUAUAGAGGUUCUCGAAUUGCUGUGUCUAUUCUGGAUGACACCUUCGCAUCACAUAUGCAGCAGCUGCUUGGAAAUGUUCUUCAAGAGAAGGACUUGGAGCCCCCAAGAUCGAUCAAUGAAGUGCGCUCAAUGCUUGGCAAAGACACUCCAAGUCACAAGGGCAACACAUACUAUUAUUAGGCCAUAUUUUGGGUAUAGAUAGAUAGAUACGAGGGAACAGAGCGGGGAGAGGUGACAGAUACGGGUAUAUGUUGUCAAAUACAAGCACGAAAUACAGAAGAUAUACGGCACCCUGAUGAAAAAUGGACACUGAGUUGUCACAAACUGCAGCUCUAACUUCUAUACCACAGGCUAUACCAAUUUUGUAAAGAGUUGAAGCAAUUUGGCUGCUGCAGUUACUUACCCCAAAAUAUAUAUAUAUAUAUAUAUAUGUGGCUGCUGGAGGUUGUCCUAACCCCUUGCAGAGGACUUUUGUUGUUCUUGAUCUAGUUUUGAAAACAUAGGGAACCGGAAAAAUUGAUAUAGGGUACCAGAUUCAGUUUAUAUAGCUUUAGAUUCUCAAAUCUCAAUGUUCAACCAUUUCUGUAAAUGUAUUCAACAGGAUAGUUAAAGAGACAGACAAUAUUGCAUCAGGGUAAUGGAAUAUAAUUUUUUUUUUUUCCUUC